UGUGGGGCCCACCGCAGCUCCCAGUACUCCGUCUGUCUCCUCCCCAUUCCGCCACCGCAACAACAAACCCCUCCCGGAAUCCAGCCCAGUCCACCGGAGCGCGCCGCCCCGCCGAUGGCGUCACCGCUUCCGCCGGAUCCAGCGCCGCCUCCCUCGGCGGGGUUGGAAAGCAUGGAGGGGCUCGUCAUCGACACGGUCAUUUCCAAGGCCGGGGCGCGCCCCGCCGCGGUGCUCGCCUGCGCCAGCACCCGCCUCCGCGCCGCCGUCGCCGACGAAUCCCUCUGGCGCCGCUUCUGCGCAGAGGACCUGGGGCUCGACGCGCCCGUGGACCCCGACGGCCAGCCGCUCCCGUCGUUCCAGGUUGCAUAUAAAGUGUGGUUGGAGUCUUUUGGUAUGUACCCUUUACCUCUGGUAAAGAGAGUGAAAGAAUUCUGGAGUUCAAUGAAUACAUGGUUGUCUGAAAACUUCCCUGAGGCAGCCAAAACAUUGUGUAAAGGUGUUACUGAAGCUCAACUAAAAUCAGCAGAGGAUGACCUUGGUUUCAAGCUUCCUAUGCCCACAAAGCUGUUGUAUCGCUUUUGCAAUGCUCAGCUGCCUUUUAGUGAAAACCAUGAAGCUAAUAAACGCAUUUCCACUCAUGGAAUAAUUGGGGGCUAUGCGUUUUAUGAUCAUUGGGUAAAUGUGCAUUUAUCACCACUUGAGCAAAUAGUUGAAGAGACAACAGAGUUUUGUCGCGAGUUCCCGGAUGUCUUCAGUGGGCGCAAGCUCAUUAUAGUGGCGACUUCAUGGUUUCAUCCAAAAACAUUUCUCCUGAAUUGCUCAAAUGGUGAACUAUAUGUUGGCACAAACAACUUACCAUUAGGUGAAAUGCUGCCUUGUGUGCCUAAAGCGUUGAUAAAGCCAACUGAUAAUGAUCUUCCCCAAGAUGGAUUACUUCUAUGGUUAGAAGAGCAUCUCAGACGUUUACAGAACAGCAUGAUCAAAACCCGUAUGCUGACGAAUUUGAGGUAUAUCAGCUUAUAUCCAGAAGCACCUCCAUCAUGUACUUCAGCCGUGACAAAUGGUGUUAAGGUACGCGGAUCUGCUGUCUUUGUACCAGAACAUCCUGGGGACCCUCAGCGAAGUUGUAUGUACACUUACUCAAUUCGCCUGUCAGUUCCAGAGGCUUGCAUGCUAGGUGGCGUGUACUAUUCUUCCUGCCAGCUUAAUUCACGCCACUGGACCAUUCGAUCAAGGGACAGGGUUGUUUCUGAUGUGAGGGGAGAAGGUGUUAUUGGACAGUAUCCUGUGCUGUCACCUGGUCAGGAUGAGUUUGUCUACGAGAGCUGCACACCACUGGCCAAAGGGCCUGGAGCUGUGGAGGGCUCUUUUUUGUUUGUGCCUGGCAAGUUGAGCCGGCCUGAAGGGAAGCCGUUCGAGGUCAUGGUGGCUCCGUUCCCUCUGGAGGUGCCUGAGUACAUCUUCUAAAGACUGUCGAGAGAAAUAAUGUAUCUAUGUGGUAGAUGGUUCUCCCAGGUACUUAUUAACUUGGUGGAGCAAAGUUUCUUUACUUGUGAUGAUCUUGUUGGAGUAAUGUAAAAUAUGGAACCGUGUGCACUUUACUUGAUGUAGCAGUCGAUACUAAACAACCACCUCAGGGACUGCAGCCUACUAAUCUACAGAUGGGCCUCAGUCUCUAUCCUGGCAACUAUUACUAUGAGCAUAUGCUGAGCUGGUGAGCUGGAUCA